AUGGCAACAAAAGAAGAAAAACAAUACUUGUUGGAUGAGAUCAAUCAAGAAAAGGAGUCUCAUGGCAAGACGAUAGACGCAUUCAACAAUGAACGUGCAAAGAAUAAUCAGCUGAUUGCAACACUCAAAGAGAUGAUUGACCACAAGGACAAGGCUAUGAAGGGGUUGGAAGAAGCUCAAAAGAAUCUAUUAUCGUGUCAGAAAAAGUUGAUGGAUGAACGAAAGAACUGUGUGCAGGCUAAUGACCGUCUUACAACGGCCGAAGACGAGAAACAAAAGUUGCAAGACAACUCGGAGCAACAGACACACCGUAUCAACGAAUUGCAAAUCAAGCUCAAUGAAAAGGAAGAUAUUAUCAACUUGAUGAAAGACUCUAGUAACGAUCCGGCACAGGAAGGCUCAGCCCACCAAAAAUCGGCCGUUCUCAAUACAAUACUAGAGUUGCAACAAAAGUUGGAAUCUGCAGAUCGAAGUGUACAAGAUGCACGAUUAGAAAAUGAUCGACUCAAAUCGGAUAAUCAAAAGUUACAAACUGACAUUCAACAACUGAAUGAUAGAAUACAAGUUCUGAAUAGAACUAUAACUGAACACCAAUCAAACGAUACACGUGAUCAAGACAUUAACCAAAAGUACAGUCAAACAUUAUUAAAAUUGGAUGAAGAAAAGAUUAAUUUGGAAAUUGCAAAUGAAACAAUUCAAGAAUUAAAUGAAAAGUUACAUCAAAUUGAAGAUAGUAAUAGUAAUACUGCUAAUAAUAGUAGAAAGAUUAAUGAAAAUGGAGAAGAACAAGAUGAAGACGAUGACGGUAUAAUGGAAGAAUUAAAAAAGGAAUUGGAAUUAAUUAAAAGUGAUUCAAAUCAAAGUAAAGAGAUAAUUUUGGAAUUAACAAAAGAAAAAGAUUCAUACAAGGAACAAUUAAUAAAUACUGAAACUAAAUUGGAUCGUGUUACAAGACAAUUAAAUACUCUUCGUAGUUCAAUGGAAACUGAAGCUAAAAAGAGUCAUACAAUAGUUCAAGAAUUGGAAUCAAAAUUAACCACUGCAAAUCAAACUAUAUUAUCUUUUGAACAACAACUACAACAAUCAUCAUCAUCAUCAACUAACGAAUCAUCAACCUCAACAACUUCAACAACAUUGACAACUCAAGAUCAAGAAAAAUAUAAGGAAGCUUUGGAUUCAAUUGAUUCACUUCAAAAUGAAUUAUUAAAAGAAAGAGAAUUUAUAUUAAAUUUGAAAUUGGAAUUGGAGGAAAGUGAAAAAAAAAAAAUGAUCCUAGAGGAAGAGAUUGAAAAAAUGAAAUUGGAAAAUGAAGAGUUGGUGGAAGAGUUUGAAGAGGAGAAGAAACAAUGGGCAAAACAAAGAGACGAUACGAUAAAGACGGAAAAGGACCAGUUGGUGCAAUACUAUGUCAAGGACAAGAAGGCUUUGAUUGACAGCUUUGCAAGAGAGCGUCAAGAGUUGUUGGAUUCACAUGUCCAGGAACUCGAAGAGUUGAAUGGUCAGUUGGACAUUUACCGUGAAAACUUUUCAAAGUCUGAGGAUAUGUAUGCCAAGUACGAUACGUUGGACCAAGAGUACAACAAGAUGAUCGAUGAUCUCAAAGACAAACAGAUACAAAUCAACGAGUUGAUGGUCGAGUCACAAACAUUCCAUCGUGUCUCUGAUGAAGCUAACCAAAAGAUACAACAACUUAACAAAGAGAUAGAGACAUUGCAACAGACUUUGGCCAACACAACUGCGCAGUCAUCCAAACAAAUUGAACAGUAUAUUGCCCAAAUCAAAGAACUCACCGUUCAACUUGACGCCAAACAAAAGGAGAAUGACAAGUACCGUUUCAAUGAAAAAUUAUAUUCUUUUAAAGAAGACAAGGAUAAGGACAGAAUAGUCGAUGAGCUCAGACGACAAUUAAACGAUACCAAGGAACAAUUGGAAAUCUCGCAUCAAAAUAUCGACGAGUUGGAAAAAGAGUUUAACAAGUCACAAACCUUUAAGAAAGAGUUGGACAAGCGUUCCAACGAACUAGCACUUCUCAAAGAAGAGUUGGCAAUGACCAAGGAAGAGUACCAAGUCACCAAAGAAGGGUACGCAGCUUUGGAAGAGAGUGAAAGGGAAGCUGCAGAAUCACUCGAAUCAAUGGAACAAUUAUUACAAGACACUGAAGAUAAAUUGGAUCAAAGUCAAAAAGAUAGAGUCGAAUUAUUAGAAUCACUUCAAAAACAUGAACAUGAUAUUCAAUCUUUACAACAACAAUUAUUAGAUUCUCAAAAGAAAUUACAAGCAGCCGGAGGAGGAGGAGCCAAAUCUCAUCGUCGUGAAAAUAGUCUAACUCUUCAAACUAGUGAUCUUGCUGGCUUAAAGGCAGAGUUGGAUAAACAACAAGUUUCAUCAGUUCCAGCAGUUCAACAAUCUCCAUCACCACCAACUCCUUCAAUUUCACAACAACAACAUGAUCAAGAUGACAAGGAUACAAGAUUAGCAGAAUUACAAAAGAGUUAUGACCGAAAGGCAAAGGAAGUAGCAACAGCUCGAAAGGACUUUGGGUUACUUCAAAUCAAAAACAAUGAACUCAUUAUUUACUGUAAAGAAAUUGAAAAACGAUCAGGUGAAAUGCAAGAAAUGGUAGAUGCCUAUGACAGUCUUAGAAAAGAUUACCUUCAUUCUAAAGUUACCAUUACUCAACUUGAAAAACAAAUCAGUGAAAAUAGUGUUGGAAGUAGUGUUGGUAGUGGAAGUGGAAGCGGUGGAUUCCCAUCAUCAUUUAAUAGUGGUAGUGGUAGUAGUAAACGUCAUGUCAACUUUAAUUCAUCUGUUAAAUAUUCAGAUUGCAAACAUGUUGAAGUCAUCUCUUUAAAUGAUUUAACUGAAGAGGAAUUACAGCAACAACAACAACAACAACAACUCAGUGGUGACAAGGGAUCCAUUAUUAAAUCAAGUUUACAUCAUACAGGUGAGAAAUUAUAUAUUGAUCAUUCUCAACUUGGUGCUGGUGAAAAUGGAUUAUUAGAUGAUGAAUUUGAUGAUGAAGAUGAUGAUGAAUAUUAUCAAGAUGAUGAUGAAGAAGAAGAAGAACAAGAGGAAGAAGAAGAAGAGGAAGAAGAUGUUGAUGCAGAAUUGGAAAGUGAAAUCAUUAUUCAUUCUGAUCAAGAUGAAGAAGAAGAGGAUGUAGAUGCAGAAUUGGAAAGUGAAAUUAUUAUUCAUUCUGAUCAAGAUGAAGAAGAAGAAGAAGAUGUAGAUGCAGAAUUGGAAAGUGAAAUUGUUAUGAAUCCAGAAGAUGAUGAAGACGAUCUCGAUCAACUUGCAAAUGAAGAAUUGGAAAGUGAAAUUAUUAUGAAUGAUAGUGACUUGGAAUUGGAUAAUUCUACUGGAUCGAGAGUUCAUGAAAUUCAAGAUGAUGAAGAUGAAGAUUUAAUAUUGUCAUCUGACCAAUUGGAUGUUGAUUUGGAUCAAGAUUCUAUUCAUCGACAACAAGGAAAUAAUCUUGGAAAUCAAAGAAAAUUACAACUACAACAACAACAAGAAAUGUUAGAAACUAUUGAAACAUAUAGACAAGAAUUACAAAGUUUGGAAGAAUCACUUACACAGUUGACAACUGAAAAGGAGUAUUAUGAAACUGUGAUUCGUGAAACAAACCAAAAUGUUUGUAUCUUUGUUGAUCAUAUCAUCCAACAAACCAAUAUGGUCGAUUUCCCAUUAAAAGAAAAUAAGGAUGAAGAUGAACAACUCGAGGAAGACCAAGAAGAGACAGAAGAAGGAGUUGAAAAGGAUUAUACCCCUGCAUUCAUCUUUAAUCUUCAAGCCAAUGUUGAAUCUUUACAAUUACUUUUUGAAGCUGUCAAAGUUAAACCUAUCGAUCAAGAUCAAACCGAAAAUGAAGAAGAAGAGGAAGAUGAUGAAAAGGAGACAAAGACAAGAACAGAGAAGGAAUAUCAAGAAUUACAUUCAAUAUAUUCAACAACUAGACAAGAUUUAGAGCUACUUCAAGAAGAGAAUAUUUCAUUGCAUUCUGAUUUGAACCAAGUUCAAAAGAGUAGUCAGGAAAAGAUCGAUGAGAGAAACCAAACCAUUCAACAGUUGGAAAAGAGUGUUCAAGAACUACAAGAAAAGGAAAAGGAGUUUGAACCAAUCCUAGCCGAGGUAGAGACACUACUUGCCAACAAACAAGACAAUGCCAAGGUGCUCGAAGAACAAGUUGCCAAACUCAAAGAUGAAAAUCAAAAGGUUAACCAGGUUCUGGAAAAGAUUAAAGCAGAGUACCAAGAAAUGUACAAAAACUAUAACAUUAAUGCAGAACAAUUGGAGAAAUUACACGACGAGUCUGAUAAAUCAUCAUCACUCCAAGAAACUAUCACCAAACACGAGGAAACCAUUAAACAACAAUCAGAAACCAUCAAACAACACCAAAAUAAUCUAAAGCUUCAACAAGACACCAACAAACAACAACAAAAGAAAAUUGAUGAAUUACAAAAAACUAUUCAAUCUCUUGAAAAGGAAAUUGAGUCAUACAAGAAUCGUAUUAAUCAUUUGGAAUUGGAAUUGGAAAAGAGAAAUGAAAAGAAUGAAGAAGAAAAUGAAGAUGAAGAGGAUGAAGAAGAAAAAGAUAGAGAAGAUAGAGAAGAAAUUACAAAGAUUAUUAGAGAAAAGGAAGUAGAAGAAGAGAAAUUAAAAAUGAGAAUUGAAGAAUUACAAGUAUCACUUAGAGAUUUGGAAAUUGAAAGAGAUGAAUUAAAACAACAAAAUGUAGAUAAACAACAACAACAACAACAAAAGAAGAAAUAUGAAUAUAAUGAAGAGAUGAAUGGAAAUGGAAUUGGAAAUGGAAAUGUAAAUGGAAAACCAAUACCAACAUUUAGUACUCCACAAAAAGAUCAAAAACAAUCAUCAGAAUAUAUUUCUAAAUAUAUUAGUAGUAGUGAUGGAGGUGGAGCAAGACCUAGAUCUUCAUCAACAUCAUAUAUGAAUAAUCAUCAUCAAUCAAGUAGCUCAGAAAAUCAUAAUAAUAUUAAUAAUAAUAAUAAUUUAUUCAAUAAUCAUAAUACUAACCAUAAUCAACAAACAUCGGCAUCAUCAUCAACAUCAUCAUCGACUCUUCAUCAUAAUAAUAAUAAUCAUCAUUAUAGUUAUAACUUUUCACCAUCCAAUAAUGAUUAUAAUCAUUAUCAUCACCUUUACAACCAUCACCACUCAACAGAUUUGCCAACUACACCAGCGGCACCACCAUCAACACCAUAUGUACCAAACUCAACCUACCGCCCAAACACCAGACUAUCAUCUUCACCAUCUAAUUAUGGAUAUUAUAACGUUGCACCUCCUGCUCCUCCAUCCUCCUCCAGUUCAUCAUCAGGAUUCUAUGAUAGAUAUAAAAGUGGUGGAAUGUCUGGAGUUGGACACUUUUCAGCCCCAUCAAGUCCAUUUAAGAAUUAUAGAGUUUACCAAUCCCCAUAUGUUGUCAUUGACCCAUCAUCGGUACCAAUACCUACUACUCCCACCACAACGACAGUAGUAUCAACAGCCAAUCAACAUCAAUUAGAAGAACUCUACCAACAAUUUAUCGAUCGACUACAAGACCGAAUCGAGAGAGAUAAAUAUGACUUUAACCACAAUCUAGAGGACGAACGUUUACUACUUGAAAAGAAAGAAUUAUUAUUAUUACAAGAACAAUUAAAAGAUUUGAAAUAUGUUUUAGCAAAUGCUAAAAAUAUUUAA